CACGGUCAAAGUGGUGCGAUGUUCGAUAUGUCAGAUGUAGUCGAUAAGCGUCUAAAAGCGCCAUCUAGCCUUCCUUACAGAGUUGUUGCUGUUUGUAUCCAAGAAAGAUGGAUGAACUAUGAGACGGAAAUGAAUAGAAACAUGGCAAUGAUAGAUAUAUCGAGAAGAAAUCCUCAAGACGAAUACGAUUUGAUUCAAAGGAUCGGCAGUGGAACGUAUGGAGACGUUUAUAAAGCUCGUAGACAUAACAACAAUGAUCAUGCUGCUAUUAAAAUUAUCAAGCUGGAACCAGGUGAUGAUAUCAGUAUUAUACAGCAAGAGAUAUUAAUGAUGAAGGAUUGUGUUCAUCCAAAUAUAGUUGCUUAUUAUGGAAGUUAUUUGAGGAGAGAAAAGCUUUGGAUAUGUAUGGAAUAUUGUGGUGGUGGUUCUUUACAAGAUAUAUACCAUAUGAGUGGACCUUUACAAGAAUUGCAAAUUGCAUUUGUUUGUAGAGAAACACUUAAAGGAUUAUCAUAUCUUCAUUCAAUGGGUAAAAUGCACAGAGAUAUCAAAGGAGCAAAUAUAUUAUUGACUGAAGAUGGUGAUGUUAAAUUAGCUGACUUUGGAGUUUCAGCCCAAAUAACUGCUACUAUCAAUAAAAGAAAAUCAUUUAUUGGUACUCCUUAUUGGAUGGCACCAGAAGUUGCUGCAGUUGAAAGGAAGGGUGGUUAUAAUCAACAAUGUGAUAUCUGGGCUGUUGGAAUUACAGCAAUAGAGUUAGCAGAACUUCAACCACCAAUGUUUGAUUUACAUCCAAUGAGAGUGCUUUUUCUUAUGUCAAAAUCAAACUUUAAGCCUCCACAACUGAGAGAUAAAUUUAAAUGGUCACCAACAUUUCAUCAUUUUGUCAAAGUAGCCCUUACUAAAAAUUCUAAAAAAAGGCCUUCUGCUGACAGAUUAUUACAAGUAAUAUUUAAUUGUUAUUAUUUCUNAUUGAAGAAAAAUCAAAUACCAGAAACAGAAAAUGGUUAUGAUCUAGCAUCGGCAUGGAUGGAACAAGAUUCAGAGUCAUCGGAAGUUAUUCACAAAAUUCAAAUUUAUAGUGAACUUGAUCAAAACGAAGAUGGGAUAUUAUCAAAUGUACCAAGGAGAAUUUCAUCCAAACGAUCUGCAAGGUGUCCUUUGAAAACUCAGUCAGAACUUCAUAUGGAAAGUAUACAGUUUAAUUCUCCUCUUGUUACCAACUUAUCAUCAAGUUCAGAAAAAAUACCAGAAACAGAAAAUGGUUAUGAUCUAGCAUCGGCAUGGAUGGAACAAGAUUCAGAGUCAUCGGAAGUUAUUCACAAGAGAGUACAUAAUAAGUUCUUGGCUGAAUUAGAAGAAGAUCUUAAAUUUUCAGAGCAAUGCACACUGCCAAUGAAGGAUAAUAGAGAAAAAAAUACCUCAACAGAAACUGAAGGUACUGAAGAAUUAUCUAAGAUAUCAUUUAUUGAUAGAAUAGCAAGCAGUGAAGAACAACUUUCUGAGGAAGAAUAUAAAAAAGUUGAUGAUUCUGAUCAAAGUAAUCAAUUGAGUGAAGAAGAUGAAAAAGAAAAUGCUGAUGAUGAAAAUAGUGAAGAUGGAAAUUACAAGAAAAAACAAGCAUCGCCUAAACCUGUUAGUAAUGGUUUACCACCAACUCCUAAAGUUCACAUGGGUGCAUGUUUUUCAAAAGUCUUUGAUGGUUGUCCACUCCAUAUUUAUUGUACUGCCAGUUGGAUACAUCCUGAAACACGAGAUCAGCAUAUAUUAAUUGGAUGUGAGGAAGGUAUUUACACACUCAAUUUGAAUCAAUUACAUGAUUCAUGUAUGGAUCAGUUGUGUCCAAGGAGGACAGUUUGGAUGUUUUCAAUACAAAAUGUGCUCAUGACACUCUCAGGUAAAACUCCUCAGUUGUAUCGCCAUGAUUUGUUACUCUUGCAUGCCAAAAAUUCCAAUAGAUUUUCAUUAACAAUGAACAAAAUUCCAGAAAGAUUUGUACCAAGACGAUUUGCUGCAACAAUUAAAGUACCAGAUACUAAAGGUUGUUUAAAAUGUUGUGUUGGAAGAAAUCCUUAUAAUGGUUACAAAUAUCUUUGUGGUGCAAUGCCCAAUGGACUCUUUCUCAUGCAGUGGUAUAACCCACUAAAUAAAUUUAUGCUUUUGAAGCAAUUUGAAUGUUGGAUUCCUUCAAAUUUAUCAGUUUUUGAAAUGAUCAUCACUCCAGAUAUGGAAUAUCCAUUAAUUUGUGUUGGAGUUAGAAAAGGGAAAGAGUGGGGUAAUAUGAAAUUGGACAUGAUUAAUUUAAAUUCAUCUGCUAAUUGGUUUGGUGAGGAAAAAGAUGGAACAGAAACAGUUGUACCUCGUAAUGAACAUAUGAAGAUUAUUAAUGUGACUCAACUGGAAAAAGAUACUAUAUUAGUUUGUUAUGAAAAUUUAGUUAAGUUAGUAAAUCUUUAUGGGAAACUCAAAUCAAGGCAUCAACAGCCUGCUGAACUGCAUUUUGAUUUUCCUGUAGAAUCCAUUGUUUGUCUGACGGAUAGUGUGUUAGCUUUUCAUAAGCAUGGCAUGCAAGGAAGAAGUUUUAAAAACAAUGAAGUGGUUCAAGAAAUUAAUGAUCAGAGUCGAAUUUUUCGCAUGUUAGGCUCAGAUAGGUAAUAUUUUUAGUUAGUUAUUUCUGAUA